AUGGUGAAGUCCCAGGAGCUGGUGCCCAUUUUGCAAGUCUAUGCCAGACAGCUGAUAAUUGGAGAGCUUCUACCCACAGAUGGAAUGACCCAAAAGCAUCCUCAUGUCAAGACAUCAGCCUCACAGGAGCAGCUGAACCUGGACCUUUCACCAUUGGAGUAUAUGACAAAGUGCUACCCAGAAAUCAAGGAGAAGGAAGAGAUGAGGACGAUCAUUGGGAAAUACAGACUCACUGGGAAACAGCAGCUGAGCCCAAUCUGGAACCUUUCAGAUGGGCAGAAGUCCUGAGUGUGUCUGGCCUGGCUGGCCUAGAAGAACACUUACAUGCUCUUUCUGGAUGAGCCUAUCAAUCACCUGGACAUCAAGACCAUUGAUGCACUGGCAGAUGCUACCAAUGAGUUUGAGGGUGGUAAGAUGUUAGUCAGUCACAACUUCGGACUCAUCCAGCAGGUUGCACAGGAAAUUUGUGUCUGUGAGAAGCAGAAAAUCACUAAAUGGCCUGGAGACAAUCUGGCCUACAAGGAGCACCUCAAAUUCAAUCUGGAAGAUGAGGAGUCCCAGUUUACCAAGAGGACCCACAACGUGUGA